AUGGCACCAAAGACUCCUGCUUCUCCUCUGGACGAUCGACGUCACGAUGGUUCGCACCUCGAUCGUAAUCUACAAGAUGCUCUUUACCCUCUGGCCAGCGGGCCCUGUGUCCGGUCCCCGGAAUCCAAUACGAUACUUCGACCUCCACCUCCACCAAGAUUUCUACGACGAGACCGGCCCCGCCCCCCUCCCAUUACCAUCCCGGCCCCUCAGGUUACCGAGGACGAAGAAGAAUCGCUGGUGACCGCCGUGCCUCCGACACCCCCUCCGACUCCCUCUCCUGGACUUCCCACUCCCCUGCUUGCAGGAUGCCCAGGCCGUGAGAUCUCCGGCGCCAAGUCUGACGGCAGAGAGUGGGCCUAUGACUGGGACUCUCCUCCGGUCUUGCUCUAUCCCGACGACCUCUCCAAGACAGAGUUCCACGAGCACCCCUUGGCACGUCACAUCGAGCUGGAGAAGGGCUGGGAGAAGCAUCAACUCGCCAUGUAUGGCCUCAUCCUCCCCGCCAAGGUUGACAACGGCACCCCGACUUACACAUGGGAGUCCGACGACGAGGAAGAGGAAGAUCUCACCAAGGCGGUGAUACUGGCUACGCCCGCCAAGAUGCCUCAUUACCCGAAGCUUCCCCCGGCACCCGAUACCCCCGUCGACCGCCCUCGCACCCCUUCGAACAUUCUCAAAAAGGUCAAGACCUUUGCCAACUUUGUCGCCAACAAUGAUAUGGAGAAGGACACCCCCGAGCUCCCCAGCCUCAAAGAGCUUAUCGACCAGUUCGGCAUGCCUCCCGGAACCCCGACCGAGCCCGUCCCCAGAAGCUUCCUUCGACCGACUAGAUCCAGCGGCUCUCUCCGACCCAAGACUCCCAUCAGGUCCGUUCCCAGCGCGACCAAGCUGCGCAACAAGAGGAGCGCCACUGGCAUCUCCAAGUUGCAGAUCUCCGAGCCCGUUGCGCCCGAGGAGAUGAGACGCAUCGGCCAGGACUUCAGCGAGGCCGCGUCCCGCACCGCUCGCAGCCGAACCAGGACCGCGUCUGAAAGCGAGCGCAUCUCAUCUUAUGCCACCUCGCUCCGCAGCCCGUCCAACCUCAUCUCGCCGUCCAUCUCCUCAAACCUGCCGCUGUACCUGCUCCAGCCCCAGCAUCCGACCGUCUACUUCGGCACCAACGAGCCUCCUCCCAAGUUCCGCCUCGCGCGCCCGCGCCUCGCACCCAUGGAGUACGCCCGCCAGUAUCUCCUCGCCAAGGCCAAGGCCGAGAAGCAGGGAGAAGAGUGCACUGUCCAGAAGCCGGAACUGACGUGGUACUGGUCGGAGAACUACAAAGAAUUCUUCCUCCUCCCCUCCCUCCCCAAGGGUGUCACCAGAAACUUCCUUCCAGAUGUGGAAGAAACCGAUCCGGCAUGGAAGAAAAAGAAGAAACCGGUUGCAGCUACCAGAGACUUGGAUGAGGAGGCUGCAAAGAGACGUUCGUUCAUACCGCUUCCUUUGAACCUCGCCCCUUCAUCACCCCUUCUGCCAGCCCAUCUUCGCAACAGCUCACAUUCUUCUGUCAUCAGCUCGACUCACAAGCGCGACUCCUCCCUCAAUGACUUCAAGCUCGACCAGCCUAGAGCAGUGCCAGCAGAUCAAACAUUGUUGCAGUCCACCAAGGCUCUUGUCGCUGACCCAACUGCUUCUAUCCCUCGCGAGAACACUGAUUUCUUUGUUGCCGUUCACACAAGCAGCGAGAGUGAGUUCACAAGUUCAUUUCCGCCUCAGUUUCUUUCUUCUUCUUCUUUGGGCAGCAACAGAACCAGAAGAGAGUCCACACAGCAGUACUCACCUCUUGUUGCAUCUGAACGAGCUUCAAGUGCAUCGCCUCUCACUAGAGCCUUCACAGCUACUCUUGCUGAAUCACAGACUGGUCCUGAACAGCUUACCUUCAACUCAGCUGACUUGAGCAAUGUUCCCCCUGACUUCCCAUUUGCCCGGCCGCCAUCGGUCGCUUCGUCACAGAGAACAGUCACACCAGCCCUCUUCACAUCUCAGCAGACUCAAGCUGUGCCUCCUGCCUCUCCUGACCAGGUCUCUCUCGACGACGACGCGCACAGCGAAGUCACAGCAGUCUACCGCCCAGGAUCUGCACUCUCCUCUUGUACUGUCAUCAGACCCUGCUCACCUGCUCCCGCUGCUGCUACUGACCUGGAUGAGAAUGGUGUCUCGCCAAACAGCAUCGACUAUGAGGACUCCAACCUGCCUCCCGCGCCGGUUUCCCCACUCAGCAGUUCUCCAUCAUCUCCGCAGACGGAUGCUUUUGCAACACUGCAGAACACUCGGACUCACGAUAGAUGGGAUGACGCUCAGACCCGGCAGCAACAGCAGCCUUGUGACGAGACAGUCGUGCAAAGUAUCGCAGACGACGCAGGUGGUAUGGACUUUGCAGACACCUCAUCUGUUUACUCACAGGACAGCGUUCUUACAGCCAUUCAUCGCCCUGCCGCCAGUCGCCAUAACACACCUCUUGACUUCAUGCCACUGACGCGGAGUGUUGAUGAGAGAGAAGAGGACUUGACCCCGCGACAGCUGCGUGAACCUUCUUCUGCCGAGGCUCAAACGCAGGCGAGAACUCUACAUCACUCAUCAAUUCUACAGCCUGUGUCAUACAUUCCCAACACCCAAGUUGCCCAGACUUACACCGCCAACGAGGCAUCACAGAUCUCACAGAAUACUCGUCGCUCUCAGGCUUCUAUACUUACCUCUGGCAGCAGCAAUCGCAGUCGUCGCAUGCCCGCUCAGGAUGCUCGCUCUUCCAGAACCUACGACCCUUACAUGGAAGCCAACACCCGUGGUGCUCGCAACGUGGAGAGACAGCAGGUUGGCAGCGCUUCCGUCACCAACUCUGAUGCCCGCCGUUUCGAGGAGAUGCAGGCUCGGAUCAAGCCUCGGAGCACCCACGAGACGGCUUCAAUUGCUUCGGUAGCCUCAUCGUCUACCUCCCAACAUGACCGCUUCUCUACAAUCUCCGACGCGCCCUCCAUCACAUCUUCUUCCACCAUCGAGUCACGCCGCUCUCAGGCUCUCUCCUUCACCUCGAUAGCCUCGUCAGAUCGCUCAACAACCAGCAAACCCCGCCGCUCUCGCGCUGACAACCCUCAAGAUGCGGUUCCCGUUCCUUCCCUCCCUCGCGACCCCCGCUUCACAGCCCUCAAUCCCGUCCUGGAAUCCCCCAUCCCCUCAACGGGCCUCAGAUCCUCAGCAACUUCCCCCGUCGUCAGCUCCUCCACCCGCGCGCGCAAGUCUACAAUCCCCAACAGACGAGAUUCCUCCACCCAGCAAUCCACCGCCGCCGACGCAGAACUCCCAUCCCUCAAAGUCCGCAGACGCAGAGAAGUCGCAGACCUAGCCCAGAUCCCCGCCUCGCAAGCGUACCCUCAACCCCUCCGCUUCAACGCGAUGAAGAGCCCCCCGCCAACCGGCACCACCACCACCAUCGUCCGCUCCACCUCCAGGCUCAUCACGGACAUCGGCAACGAGCUCAACCGCGAGAUGGAGGACGUCCUCUCCCCGCGCUCCGCCUCGCUCGUGCCGCCGCCGCCGCAGGACGACUCCCCCGACGACAACGCCCGCGACGUCGAGACGCCCACCCGCCGCCCGCCUCCCCGCAAGGUCCGCUCGAGCAGAUCCAUGCGCUUCGAGGCCCCCAGCAUGCCGGCGCCCAACAAGCCGCUGCCCUCGCUGCCGCCGCAGAAGAUCCGGCGCUCCGAGGCCCCCGGUCCCGUGGCGUCUUCUACGUUUGUCGACGUCGACUUCGGUCCCGGACCGGCGAUUGCUCACUCUCAGCCGCCCGCGCGCGUCUCAUCGGUUCCCCGGCCUCCUAUUCCAACGACGAUCCCGGUCAUCGCGCCUCCCGUCCCGCCGUCGCCUUCCACGGGCUCGGAGUUCGUCACGCGCGCCGACUUCAGCGUCAAGAAGGACCGGACUGUGCGGCCUGCGGCCUCUGUCGCGGCGUUCCCGUCGUACCGUCCGACAGCGCCUACGAUUGAGCCUCCGCGCCAGGUCCGUCGUCUGGAGUCCGCGGCGAACCUGCAGUCGCCUCGCUCCCCCGUCCCGCCGAUGCCUCCGCUGCCGCAGCAGCAGCAAGCGCCUGCCUCGGCGCGGACCCGCCUCCUGGGCAAGAUGGCCUCCAUGGCCGAGCUCAAGCACAGGAAGGAGGCCGGGUCCCGCGGCAGCGGCGGGAGCGGCGAGGAAGGCGCCGUGGGCAUGAGGACUUUCCUCGGGGAGGACGUCUCUGGCGAGUCUUCUCGGUCUGGUAGCAGCGGUGGGUUGGCGCCGCCUCCCUCGAAGGAGGGAAGCAAGAAGAAGUUCUUUGGUGGUUUAUUCCGGAGGAAGAAGGACGGGGAGAAGUGA